AUGCGUCUCUUGAGUGUGCUUCCUUGCUGCAACAUCAGCGCCGUUCCCAAAAUCUUGAUGGGACCUACGUCAGCAAGUAGAACCACGUCUUCGUCACGAGUCGUGAAGGACCCUGAAGGAGUCGUGAUCGCGGAUGGCAACACGACCGCAUGCAAAGCUCAAUGGCCUUUCCUAGCAGAUGGUUAUGCAGUGACACAGGGUCACUACGACACUGUGAACAUGGUGGGCACGGUGGACCAAUUCUUGAUGUCCCAGAAGGUGACCAUGGCCCCGAUUGGGAUUGAAGGCGGCUAUUGGUUCAUGACAGGCGACGGCACGGACUUCGGGGAGCUCCAAGAUCUCGGCGUCAGGCGCAUAUCAUUCUACUUUCCAGACUCGAAAGAUCUCACUCAAUGGGUCACCUACGCUAUCUUGGGUGCCGAGUUCUUGGACCCCCCAACGUCGAUGUGCGUGUUUAGCAGCGCUGAUGUGCCCGCUCUGAAGCAUUACCUGGCAGCUGAGAAGGCCAAAGCAGGCCUUUAA